AUGACCACCGUCACGGCCCCCGCGCCGUGGAUCACCAGCAGCCAACAAUGCACUCUGGAAACAUGUCCUAUGUCCUACGCCCACAUCACCUAUCUCCCCAACCUAGGUGGAAAUGCCUUCUACAUCGCUCUAUUCGCCUUCUUCAUCCCCGUCCAGCUCUACCUCGGCAUCCGACACCGCACCUGGGGCUACCUCUUCGGCGCCAUCUGCGGUCUCAUCCUUGAAGUACUGGGCUACAUAGGACGCAUCUACAUGCGACACAACCCAUUCAUUGACCGGUGGUUUAUCAUGUACCUCGUCUGCUUAACCAUCGCCCCCGCCUUCCUCAGCGGCGCCAUCUACGUCUCCCUCGCCCGGAUCGUCGGCGCCUACACGCCCCAACUCUCCCGAAUAAAACAGCGCAACUACUCCCUAAUCUUCAUCAGUUUCGACAUCAUCUCCCUCCUCCUCCAAGCCGCCGGCGGCGCCAUUACAACCUCGGACUCGGCCUUGGAAGUCCAAGACGGAAUCAACAUCAUGAUAGCCGGUCUCAGCUCACAAGUAGCCUCCCUAACCCUCUACAUCGUUAUCUGUCUCGACUACGCCUUCCGGAUCUACCGUCUCAGCGCGCGCAACCCCUCCCCUCCAUCAUCAUCAACAUCAAACAUGUUCCGCAUGGCAAACCACAGCAAGCAAGAAUCCGAAAGCCAAGACCUCGUCUCCUCCUCACGAGACUUGGUAACCCUAAACCCAGACUUCGCUAGCCUCCGGGCAAGUAAACGCUGGGAAGCGUUCCUAUUCUGCCAAGGGCUAGCAGUCAUAUGUAUUUACAUCCGGAGUUGUUUCCGGGUCGCGGAGCUGUGCGGGGGGUUUAGUAGCCAUUUGGCGAAUGAUCAGACGACGUUUAUGGUGUUGGAGGGGGCGAUGAUUAGUAUUGCGGUGAUUGCGAUGAGUAGUUGGGGGCAUCCCGGGGUGGGGUUUCAUGGGAGGUGGGAUGCGUUGAAUUAUCCCAUGUUUCAGAGGAAGAGGAAGGGGGUGGUGGAUGUUUAG